AUGGACGCUCCAAGAAAUGCCAACAGUCCAAUUCCAGUCCUCGUUGUUCUUUACGAUUUCCGUUACAUGUGGAAGGACAACAGAGAAAUAUCAGUGAAAAAAGGAGAAAAAUUGUUGCUUUUAGAAAAAACAAAUAGAGAUUGGUGGCAAGUUGUGAGACCGAGCGAAAGGAAAUCUUUUUUUGUACCUGCACAAUAUGUUGAACUUCUUGUUAAGUGGAAGACUCAAAAUAAAGAUGACGCGGAAUCUUUUCCUGGUUUAAGUGGUGAUGAUGAUUCUGUAGUGUAUGAAAAUUUAGAUAAUUUAAAACACCCGAUAAAUUUUCCCAGUUUACCUAGAAUGUGUAAAACAGAUUCUGUUGGGAGUAAAUUUAAUUUUAAAAAUGAAAGUGCCAAAUUGCUACCAGAAGGCGCAAAGCAAAAGCCCAUACCAAAAAUGCGGACCAAAGUUUCAGUUAAUAAAGAGAUGAUCGAGGAAAACACUGAUCCAACUAGGUUAAACGUGUACGAUACAAAGUGUUCUUUUUUGCAAAAAUUUAAUAUAGAUAAUACAGAUAAGGCAAACGCAAACGAUGGUAUCAAGCAAAGUUUUACAGGAAAUGUGACAAAAGAAAUAAGUGCCUUACCUCAGGAUGGAAAUCAAAAUUACUGCGGUAAAAAUACACCGGUUGCCGUGGAAAAUUUAGUAUAUUGUAAUGUACCGGUCGAAGGAAACAAAAGCAGUGCAAUAAAGCAAAAAGUAAAAUCUAGUGGUUUCCCUAAUAAAGUUAAUAUCGAUACGGGUAAGAAUCGAAUGAAAAAUUCCUAUAAUUUAAAAACUAAAUCUUCAAACACGUCCAAAGACCCUCAGAGUGUAUCAAUCGAAAGCAAAACCGAUAAUCAAUCGAAUUCAAAUUUAAAAAAUGAAAAAUUAUUAUACAAUCAACAUUUUUCAAAAUCAUUGGAGAAACUUGCUGAAGAAAUACAAUUUGAACCUAGGAAAACAAGUGUUAGCUCAAAGUCAUCGUUAUCAUCCACUCACAGUUAUAAUAAAACAAAGCCGGUGAAAAUGAUGAAAGAUAACGUAGAUAGAAAACCGGAAAAAAAAGGCAGAUCCAACGAUGCAUCGAUUAUAUUAGAUGAAAAUAAGGUACAGGUUCAAUCAAGAUCUGUAUUUUCCAGAUUUCGCAGAUCUUUACAUCACAGUAACAGUUUCAAAUCAAACAAUAUGAAAAAAAAUGGAAAACCCACCAAAAAAGCUUGUGAGCUGUCAUUGUCGUGGGAAGGAGGACUCGACAAAAUACAGGAGAAAACGGAUUUGGAAGAAAAACCGUUGGUCACACCGUUCGGACUUCAAAGAAGCCGAACUUUCAUGUUUCCCGAACGUUCUCCGUUAAGCUCUAGGCAAUCAAAUAAAGUUGCUUUUGGCAAACACAGAUUAGAUACUGCUUAUCAUUCUCAAAGGAAACCGGACGAAAAAGUGACCCUAUCCACGUUUAAACCGAUUUUCAAUUCCGACGUCUCUCACCCUCCGUGCCUCCUCGAGCCUUCAACAGACAAAAGAAUACCGCAAGAAAAUUUCAAUAAAUUCGGAAAUUUGAAUAAUGCGAAAAUUUCAACUUCCGUUUCGGAAAUGCUGGUAAGAGGAGGAAAAAAACCAACGAAAGACGUGAAAAAAAAUGAUUUCAAAUCCAAAUCGAAUAUCAUCGAGGAGUCGAAUCAAGAAAACAAAUUCAACAAGUUCAAUUUGGAAAAAAGUAAUAAAUUUGAUAAUAAAUCCAAGGGAUUCGACAAAAGCGAUGCGUUGUCAUCGGAAAAUUUACGAGCGGAUAAUCAACCUUCUCUCGACCAAGACGAUAUGGCAUUGUACACUGAACCUUAUUGUUCAAAUAGUGAAUCCGAAGAUAAUUUGGAAGAAAAAAGUUUAAAUAAUACUGGAAACAAGUCACUGAGGAGUCACGGUUCGGUUGAGUCAAAUUUGACCGUAUCCGAAGGUACGGAAGCCAGCGAAAGCGACGAAAAUAAUUCAUUGGAUUACGAAUUGGAAAGGCAAAGACAUUUUGCACAUCAACCGGUCAAUAAAAGGCGAACAUCCCUCGUUAGAAGCGGAAGGAAAAUUCAUGAGAAUUUAAUUUUCCUUAUCGAAAUUUAA